UGGACCGUAGAAAUGUGCUUUCUUUAUUGAUUCACUUCACUGACCAAGGGCGCAUCCCAUUACUUCCAAAUACAAGCCACCCUCUCCUCCUCUCAGAGGAAACCCAUCCUCUGCUGGGAAGACUCUUCUGCAGGGAUGGCCCCGAGCAGGACGGUGUUGGGCUUUUUCGUCGCCUUUUUCUUCAUCUGGGCUCAGUUUCCAUCAGGUAAAUGGAAGCAGUGUGGUUUGACUGGGCAGAUCGCAAGCUUGUCAGCCGUGGACAACCCACGGGACGGGGUCUACCUGGUGCUCAAAACUCCUGUGGCCUUUGGACUCUUCCCUGCGUCCGGAGUCCCGGGAGAGGCACAGCAGCAGCGCUUUCUUGGCGUAGGUGAUUUUGCGGCUUGUGCGCCCUGCCAGCUGGGCCGGGGCAAGUGCAGGAGGACCUGUGCUGAAGACGAGAAGGCGGUCGGGAGGUGCAGGCUCAGCCUCUUCUGCUGCGCGCCGCGGGUCCGAUAAACCAGAGACUCCGGCCGGAUGUUCAGGGGAGGCCAAGAGAAGUCACGUGGCUCAGCCA